AUGACUUCAGCUAACGGUAACAACCAGACAAUGAGUUUUUCUGAUUGCAGUCUUUUAAAUGACACUCACCAUAUUCCGAUGGACAAGAAAGCUCAGAUUGCCGUCCCAAUUGUGUUCGGUUUUAUUCUGCUCACGGGAUUAAUUGGAAAUGCUUCUGUGAUUCUAAUCGUUCUGAAAUGUAAACAAAUGAGAACGAUUCCAAACAUUUACCUCGUUUCGUUGGCAUUCGGAGAUUUUCUCUUCCUUCUUCUCGCUGUACCAUUUUCGGCGUUUUCUUUCACGUUUCCGGUUUGGCAUUUCGGCAUGACUUUGUGCAAGGUAAACUAUUUUAUGGAGACUUUGUCCCUUGGUGUUUCCGUGUUUACUUUAACUCUUCUCAGCGUUGACCGUUAUUUGGCGAUCUCCCACCCAAUGAGGAAACGGUCAGCGAUUUCAAUGAAGAAGACCGUUUGUCUAGCCUCGGCUGUUUGGAUGAUCAGCUUAACUCUAGCGAUACCCGACGCCAUAGGCUCAGAGAUAAAGGUACAUGUUUACUAUUGUGUAAGCUACUGUGAUCCUUACCCAGAAGCCUGGGGAUUUUGGUACAUGCCAUUUCAUGUUACUUACCGUUUUAUUCUUUUCUUUGCUGUGCCUUUAAUAAUAAUUUGGACAUGCUAUAGCCUGAUGGCACGUACUCUUCUCUCCAGUAACUCACAUAUCCUGGUGGAAGUAUCAUCCAAUCGCCACGGCUCCUCACGAACCAAUGCUGCUCGCACGCAGGUGGCCAAGCUAGUGUUGUCCUUUGUGUUCAUAUUCAUUAUAUGUUGGCUGCCCAGACACAUCUAUCUCUUGGGAAACGCUUACGACUUGUUCGAUUUCAAUCAGUUUUGGUACGUGUUCAAGGUGCUGGGAUUCUGUUUGGCUUUUAGUAACUCCUGCAUGAACCCGAUAGCACUGUACUUACAAAGUGAGCAGUUCAGGAAAUAUUUCCAGCGUUACUUGUGCCGCUGCUGUCCACGCAGGAUGACGAAGUCGGGAACAGACCACACUCCCUCUACAAUGGUCAGUCAGUGUCAUUACACCAAAGGACUAAAUGAGGACACCAGCAGUACGUAUUUCAAAGUGUACAAAGACUAA